AUGUCGAUCGGUAAACGAUGGAGCAUGUCAUGUGCGGUAGAUGUCAGGGAUGAUUUAGCGGCGGCAGCAGCCACAUUGCACCCAAUUGUGUUAUUGUCAAAGCUAAAGUCGCCCAAGGUAAGGUCGCCGUAUGGGUCGCCGGAAGGGUCGCCGUUUGAUGAACAGUUUCAGGAGACAGGAGUUCAAAAGCCGAUGAAAGAGGUGGUGUACGUCGUCUUCGCCGUAACGAGCGCGCACAUCAAGUCGCAUUAUGACACAAUGGAGACAGUGAAACUAAUCCAGAAAUUCGAGAACGAAUCCGUGAGCAAUGGUGAUCACACCAAUGAUGAUAGCGAGCUGGAGGAUGACGUAACGCCAACUCAGACUACGGAGCCAGUUCACAAUGCGAAGAAUACGAGCUACCAUGCCUAA